GCCGCGGCGGGCCGUGAGUUUGCUUAAGGUGGAGCGGCACUCGGGACUCCCGCAGCCUCCGGUACCGGCGCGUUCCGGGGCCGGCGGGGUCGCGCCACCUUAAAUCGUUCUCCGCCGCCCCGUGGCGCGCCCCCGCCGGGCUGUCCCCGUGGGGAUUCCGCGGGCUGCCCCGGUCCGGUCACGUGAUCCGCCCCACCGGAACGGAGCGGAGCCGCGGUGCCCCUACGGGGAGCGGGCGGUGCGGGGAUGUUCCCGCAGGGGCGGCACCCGCCCGGGCAGCCCUUCAAGUUCUCGGUUUUGGAGAUCUGCGAACGGAUCAAGGAGGAGUUCCAGUUCCUGCAGGCGCAGUACCACAGCCUGAAGCUGGAGUGCGAGAAGCUGCUGAGCGAGAAGACCGAGAUGCAGCGGCAUUAUGUCAUGUAUUAUGAGAUGUCCUACGGGCUGAACAUCGAGAUGCACAAACAGGCAGAGAUUGUCAAGAGGCUGAGUGCCAUCUGUGCCCAGAUUGUGCCUUUCCUGACGCAGGAGCACCAGCAGCAGGUCCUGCAGGCAGUGGAGCGGGCCAAGCAGGUCACCAUGGGAGAGCUCAACAGCAUCGUGGGGCAGCAGCAGCUGCAGCACCUCUCCCAUCAGCCCCCCCAGCUGCCACUGACCCCCCACCCCUCUGGUGUGCACAGCCUGCCCGGGGGGGCCGCGGGGCUGCUGGCCCUGUCGGGGGCACUGAUGGCACAGUCACAGCUGGCAGCCAAGGAGGAGAAAGCAGCGCAGGAGAGCAGAGAGCGCAGCCCCAGCCGGAGCGUGUCGGCGUCUCCAGAGAGCCCUCCUGACGAGGAGAUGGGGCUGAAGCGGAGCCAGGAGGAGAAGGAGCCGCCUGGGCGUUACGACAGCGACGGGGACAAGAGUGACGACAACCUGGUGGUGGAUGAGGACCCCCCCUCGGAGCCCGGCAGCCCUGGCAGCCGCCCCCCCCCAGCCCAGGAUGUCCCCGAGAGCCCAGCCUCCAGCCGCAGCCCCACGCCGUGCCGACGGAAGGAGCCGGGGCUGCCAGACCCCCCCACGGCCGUGUCCUCCUCGUCCCCCCCACCCCGUGAUGCCCUCACACCUGGUGUGGGGCCCAGCUCGGCCACCCUCCCCCUGCAGCCUGCAGCCAAGGACCCCCCUGCUCUCCGCAGCCCCUCCGUCAGCAUCUCCAGCCCCUUCACCUCCCUGGGCCUGCUGCCCCACGCCGCCCUCAACGGAGAGCUGCCAUCCUCUGGUGUGUACGUGGGCCUCCAGCUCCCAGCACAGCUCAGCAGUGCCGGGUACGGGCGCUCAGCCCCGGUGGCUUUCGAGUCACACCCUCACCUGAGAGCCUCCACGCUGCCGUCAUCCCUCCCCAGCACCCCUGUGGGGAAACCCGCCUACUCCUUCCACGUCAGCGCCGACGGGCAGAUGCAGCCGGUGCCGUUCCCCCCCGACGCCCUCCUGGGCUCCGGCAUCCCCCGGCACGCGCGGCAGCUGCACAGCCUGGCCCACGGCGAGGUGGUCUGCGCCGUCACCAUCAGCAACUCCACGCGCCACGUCUACACCGGGGGCAAAGGCUGCGUCAAGGUGUGGGACGUGGGGCAGCCGGGCGCCAAGACGGCCGUGGCCCAGCUGGACUGCUUGAACCGCGACAACUACAUCCGCUCCUGCAAGCUGCUCCCCGACGGCCGCAGCCUGAUCGUGGGGGGGGAGGCCAGCACCCUGUCCAUCUGGGACCUGGCGGCCCCCACGCCCCGCAUCAAGGCCGAGCUCACCUCCUCCGCCCCUGCCUGCUACGCCCUGGCCAUCAGCCCCGACGCCAAAGUCUGCUUCUCCUGCUGCAGCGACGGCAACAUCGUGGUGUGGGACCUGCAGAACCAGACCAUGGUGAGGCAGUUCCAAGGCCACACGGACGGAGCCAGCUGCAUCGACAUCUCCAACUACGGCACCAAGCUGUGGACGGGGGGGUUGGACAACACGGUGCGCUGCUGGGACCUGCGGGAGGGCCGGCAGCUGCAGCAGCACGACUUCAGCUCGCAGAUCUUCUCCCUGGGGCACUGCCCGACGGGCGAGUGGCUGGCGGUGGGCAUGGAGAGCAGCAACGUGGAGAUCCUGCACGUCACCAAGCCCGACAAAUACCAGCUGCACCUCCACGAGAGCUGCGUCCUCUCCCUCAAGUUCGCCGCCUGCGGGAAGUGGUUUGUGAGCACGGGGAAGGACAACCUGCUCAACGCCUGGCGCACGCCCUACGGAGCCAGCAUCUUCCAGUCCAAAGAAUCGUCUUCGGUGCUGAGCUGUGACAUCUCCAUCAAUGACAAAUUCAUUGUGACUGGCUCUGGUGACAAGAAGGCCACGGUGUAUGAGGUGGUGUACUGAGCUCCCCGCUGUCUCUGAUGCUCAGAUACUCGGAGGCUGAGCCCCCAGGCCCCCAGUGCCGCUGCAGCCCCACUGCACUCUGAGUUGCUCACUCCUGGUUCUCUUCCUGCAAGCUGGGGAGCAGCAGGUGACACCUUGUGCCCCCCCCCCCCCUUUCCUGAUGCUUGAUGGAGGGGGGCUGGUUGGGGUGAGGGAUGCAGGAUCCCCUCCAAGCAGGGGGAUGGAGGGCAGGGGGUGGUCAGAUGUCAGUCUGUCAGUCUGGUAAGGAAAGGGGACACAGCCACGAGGGGCAGGAAGCUCAGAGCCUCGUGUUUUCCCUGCCCUCCCCCCAUUUACUGCUACUGAUUCAAUGGCACCAAUUUUCUGCUGCAGCCCCAGCUGUGAAUUAUCAGUAAAGAGAUGUAUUUAAUGGCGUUUUCAAAUCCUUACUAAUAAAAAAAAAAACAAAAAUGAAAG